CCUUCUUUCGUUAUCGUUCCUUUCUUUCUAUUUCUGAUAUCGUAUCAAGCGUUAUGGAUCGCCACCAACGCGUUGUCGCGCAGGUGGCGUCUAAAGUUAAGGAGUACUUCUCCCGAAAAGAAUCUUUCCGUAUAGCCCAUGGCUCAACCAAUAGUACGCGUCCGUCACUCAAAAAACGCGUCGUCGACAUCAGCGAGCUCAAAAAUGUUCUCAAGGUUGAUACUGCGACGCGUACUGCGCUCGUAGAGCCAAAUGUGCCCAUGGAUCGUCUUGUAGAAGCUACUUUGCCUCAUGGAUUGGUACCCCCGGUUGUCAUGGAGUUCCCAGGCAUAACAGCCGGAGGAGGUUACGCAGGAACAGCAGGAGAGAGCAGCUCGUUUCGGUAUGGGUUCUUUGAUCGGACAAUAAACUCAGUGGAAAUGGUUCUGGCAGAUGGCGAAGUGGUCAAGGCAUCUGAGAAAGAGAAUGAGGAUCUGUUCCGGGGGGCGGCAGGUGCUGUAGGAACAUUGGGAGUGGCAACUCUCAUAGAACUUCAAUUGAUUCAAGCCAAGAAGUUUGUCAAGACAACAUACUAUCCCACCACAAGUGUGUCGCAAGCCGUUCAGGAAGUCCGAAAGCACACCGAAGUACCUGAAAAUGACUACGUCGACGGUAUCCUGUUUUCAAAAGAUCACGGUGCAAUCGUAACCGGAGAGAUGACCGAUGAGAUUCCAAAGGACCACAAACCGCAAACUUUCAGUAACCCUUGGGAUAAUUGGUUUUACCUGCACGUGGAGGCUCGUACGAAAUCCGCUUCCGAGCCAAUUGUCGAAUAUAUCCCCCUCGCCGAAUACAUGUUUCGCUACGAUCGUGGCGGUUUCUGGGUUGGACGCUCUGCGUUCACAUAUAUGAACUUUCCCUUCAACAAAUACACGCGCUGGUUCCUCGACGACUUCUGCCACACGCGCAUGUUAUACCGCGCGUUGCACGCAAGUGGCGAAUCCAGUCGCUACGUCGUGCAAGACAUGGCACUCCCGUACCCCAACGCCGAAAAGUUCAUUGAGUACACCGACAAAAGCUUUGGCAUCUGGCCGCUCUGGCUCUGUCCAUUGAAGCAAUCACCACAGCCCACCAUGCACCCUCACACCAAAGGCGACUUGAAAGACGAUCAAAUGUUAAAUAUCGGCCUCUGGGGCUUCGGCCCCAAAGAUCGCACUCAAUUCCUCAAGAAGAACCGCGAUCUCGAGAACAAGCUAGGCGAACUGGGCGGUAUGAAGUGGCUCUACGCACACACGUACUACAGCGACAACGACUUCUGGAAGCAAUUCGACCGAUCGUGGCACGAAAAUCUACGGACGAAAUACCGAGCGACCACGCUGCCUGAUGUUCACGAAAAGGUCCAUGUCGAUAUCGAAAAGCUUGAAGCUAUGGCAAAACAAGACUGGGGCCUGAAACUUCGAUCAGUUUGGCCCCUAGGUGGCUUUUGGGGUAUCUGGAAGUCGAUUCAAAGUGGAGAUUGGCGAAUCCCGAAGAAUUCGACUUGGAGGUGGAAGAACUGAUGAUAGUGCCUCUCGAUGCGCGAGGCUGCUUUGUUCGCUGUAUGUAUUUCUAACAGACAAUAGUGUACAACAAUGUAUCAUACCAAACAACGUGAAACCGGCUCACUCACGCUCUUGAGACGUCGUCCAUGACAGUUACGGAACUUGCCUUCUGCCUUACGAUAUUCAGUCAGUGCAUGCCCGGCUUAGGUGGUUGCCUGACUCAUGGACUCCAUGUUCUGCUUCAUGCUUUACUUUUCUACUGCCGGAAAAGUCGGUAUAAUCGUUCAGCACCAAGUCUGAGACCCAUGCACACGCUGAUCCAUCGAAGGCGCGGGUGAACACGAGGAUAGAUCGUUAAAGAAGCUUGUUCACAACGGGUCAAAUUCCAAAUAAGUCCACGCCCGCGAUGUCCGUCCGGACGUGAUUUUCGUCCGAACACCCUAUUUGCAUUUUGCAAUACCUUUUCAUCAGACAUUUCUGCAUCCGGUUUGGUGUACCCUUUCAUC